AUGACCAGGCCCAUCAAUGCCGCCAGCACCCCUCCCGUUCAUCCGGCCGGCCCUCGAACAGACCCCGACCCCACGCCUAACAGGAAACCUUCAGAGCAGUCCUUGAAGGAAUCAUCGUCACCGUCUGUCAAAUCGCCGCAAAAUACCGGCGAUUCCGGCUUCAUGGGUGGGCUCGCCCUCGAGAACUACCGCCGCGCCUUCGGGGCCAAGCGGGACGACUCGUCAGCAGUCGUCCGUCAGGCACCACCAGCCACCCAGCAAACCCCACGAUCGAAGCCUCUUCCACCGCCUAUAAAUACCAACUUGCCUUCCGCGCACCCACCUCCCGUCCCCGUCAAGGAGCUGAGAUCCCGGUCGUCUUUCGUCGCCCCAACCGAAUUGCAAAAUAAUGCCGGCGCAAGUGGCAAGAGGCCUUCCGGCACCCGGCUCACCUCCGAGCCUGCCACCCUCGCCUCGUCGCAGUCUGUUGCAGAGUCGCAAAAGGGCAAGAAGGGGCUUCCCUUCCUCAAGAACCCCAUGUCCGGCCUUUUGAUGCGCCGUAAAGCUUCACAGAAUGCCCCCGACCUUCGCCCGUUGCCCCUGCCCCAGAAGCCUGCCGAGGCAAUCUAUGACCCUCGCAUAAGAGGCACGAGAGUUCACGACUUCAGUGCUCCCAGGCAGCGCGUGGUUCCUACCAGGAAACCUACAGUGCCGGGAGCUGAGGUCUGGAGCGGUAUCCCGGGAGUGUCGUCCAGUGUUGUACCUGACCCUAUAUCUCGCAGCCCGACUGGCAGGAGUAGCAGCGCCGUAUCAGAGAAGACUCAGCCUGGAGCAUCGGACACAGAAUCGCAGAGACCACAUGAGCUUUCGAAAGAGCCGUCCAAGAAGUCGGCUACCGAACUCAAACGUGUCUCCUUGGACGAUAAGCCGCUCCCAGCGGAGCCUGAGCCUUCUUCGGAUGAAAUUGUUGUUGAAGCUCAACGUUCUACGUCUCGAAACUCAGGGCCCGGUGCCGCAACUGACAUCGGCUCGAUGAGCAAGGCAAAUCCAUCGACCAGGACGAACAAAUCGCGGCACAUCUCACUUUCUGAUGGUUCCAUCAAGGAUGGGGUUGCGCUUGCUCUGCCAAAACAUAUGAAGAGCACAUCAUCACGAUUCAGCUUCGAUAUGAUGGGCGCGGCAAGAGCGGAGAAGGCCCUGGAAGAGCGACACAGGCAGAAAGAACUAGAGAGAAAAGCAAAUAAUCCAACGAAUAGGGAUUCGAGAUUUGACGACUUCGACGAGGACUCGUUCGAUUACGAUGCAGCUAUGGCCGAGGACGGGUUUGAGGAGGAUAUUCCUAUGAUUGGCGAUGACGACUUCCUCGACGACGACGCAUUCUUCGAGGAGGACGUCCCGGUGGUCGGCGACGAUGUGUUGGAGGUGGAGGACGACCCUGACAAUGAUCAAGAAAACUUUGCCGGCUUCGUGUUCCAGAGGUCAAAUCCACAAUCAUCGCUGGCAAGUCCUGCCCCGGGAACACUGCAAGCCACCCCAAGGGAUGCGACAGGCAAGGCUAUUGGAUAUGCCAUGACCAAGGAUACAACACCAGAACUGCAAUCUGCCACGUCGCCGCUGGCAAACACUGAGGCUUCUCUAAAUCAUGAGGACUUAUCUGGUGCUGACGGUCUCGGCAUACAAGAGUCCGAGGCCCCUCGCAAAACUCAAUACGACCCCACAGUCUUCCAGGAAAGACGACAUCAGCAGAUUGACGAUGGUGGGGACCUCGCGGGCACGGGAGACAAAGAGCUGUACUUCGACGAAGGCUUGUUAGAAGAGCUGAGGAUGGAAGCGGACGAGAUACAAGAAUCCACCUUCGAUGAGUCCAUCUUUGACAUCGACGACACAGACCAAUAUGGCCGUCCGAUACCAGGCGCCUUCGCCCAAGCUCAGGCCACCAGAGUGGUCCAAGAGCAGGAAGUGAAGAAACGUGAAUCCGACAUCGCUUCAGCAUCCGGGCUGUCUGGCUCGACAGCCCACACCUCGGUCAGCCUGGGCCUGCAGCCUAUGCCGUCGAUGACGGAGAAGGGAAGAGAGCUGUCCUCUCAAAAGGAUGCUGCUCCUGUCACUGCCCCGUCCGAAGUCCCAACUGAGGGCCAAGUCGCCGCUUACCAAGCUGCUUUAGCCGAAGCUGCCCACAAGGCUGCUGCGUCUGGUUGGAAAUUCAAGUGGGAAGACCAGCCAGGAUCGCCUCCGUCUCCGUCUCCAUCUCCACCUCUGCCGCCGCCUCCGCCGCCAGCCGACCCGGUUGACCCAGACGUCACGAUCACAUCACCUACGACAGGUUCACAGCCAAGCAGCGGUGGGCAAAUAGUCGACAAUGGUAUCCAGGACGAAUACGACGAGUAUGCGGAUUAUGAUGGCUAUGGGGGAGGGUUUGACGACAACUUCGAUGACGAGUUCGAGUUCGACGACGACUUCAUUGCAGAAGCGAAUGCAGAAGCACUGGCCUACGACUCGGAUGGGUUUUACGGUCAGGAAUUUGGCUUCUACUCUGCGCCCGUCCCGCAGGGUCAUCAUGGGGCGUCGAAAUCCAAUGGCUCGUCACUGACCACCGACAAUGUGUACGGUGGAUAUUUCGGCCCGUCAGGCAUCGGCCGUACCACCAGCGGCCGCGUGGUGAGCCGGGAACCAAACCUGACCCCAAUCACAGAGCGGUCUGAAUACUCCAACCGCAACUCGAUCAUGAGCCUCGGCCUGCCGUUGGGGACCUCGGAAGGGCGAAAUUCCCUCCAGAGUCCUGGCCUGGCACAGCUGGCCAUGAUGACUGACGACGGCAAGAUGAGUCUCGCAGAACUUCUGCGCUUGCGUAGCAAGGCGUGGGGAGGCAGUCAAGUCAGUCUGAACUCGUCGAGGGAAGGAAGCCCGCGGUCAGAACGGGCCCCUCCUGGCGAUAGGUUUGAGGGGACGUCUAGCCCAGCGCCGUGGGAGACCGGGAGGCCGAACUCCCAUUUAGGCCUUUCUGGUGGCACACAUGCGAGGAAGACCUCGUCGUUCUCUCUAUGGAGCAAUUCCGAUGCUGCGAGCGGUGCGGGGAGCCCAACAUUGUGUAUGUCGAUGCCGAACAGCGCACCACCCCAACCGCUCUUCUCACCCCCGCCACCACCUGUACCACAACCCUCCCCCGGGCUGCAAUGUCCGCCUGUGAUUGAAGACGAAGAGGAAGCUUCCAGCCCAGGUUUAUCCACCAAAAGCCCGACGGCAGAUGACGCCCAUGAGAACAAGGACGCCUAUGACGCCAAUUCAAAAAUCGACAAUGUUACCACCUCGCUUGAUGCCGCCCCGCCCCCGCCUCCAGGGCCCCUUGAAUCACCCCCGCCUCCACCACCAAACACGACCGUCUCUUCCCCCUCGAAGCGUCUCGGCCAUCGCCACAAGAGCUCUGCCGAGAGCAUCUCGUACUCGAUAGACGAGGACAAGGAGAGCGGGGAGACGCGAUGGGUGAUGGAGCGCAGGCGGACGGCAGAGAGCGGUGAGAUCGAGGUACUGAGACGGGAGGUUGUCAGCGCCGGGAGCAUAUAG